AUGGAUAGAGAUAGGCUAUAUAGCACUAUUUCGGAUAUACCGCGAGAUAACCCGCUUGUAUCGGCUUAUGAUGCACAUGUGCUCGCGAAACUAUCUUCGCACCCAGUCAAUGCGACCUUCAAGUCAUCUCUUGGAGAGACGGGCCGCCUUGUGGAGGAGAUCGACCGCACGGAGGAGAUUCUGGAGCUACUUCUGUCCGACGUUCGCUCUCGGAGAAAUGCGACGGCCUCUGCAUUAACAAGCCUUCCUCCAGAGAUCAUGUCACUCAUCUUCGAGGCCAGCGCACAAGUAGAUGCCCCGUCUCCGCCAAUAGACGUUGAAGAGAUGGAAGCGCAUCUAGAGUCGCUCUGCCUCGAUGUUGUUGGAGAAGGGCAUCGUGUCUGGAACGACGCUGUACAGCCCGGAUCUUUAGGCUGGGUGCGUUUGGCGCACGUAUGCAGAAAUUGGCGAAACAUAAUCUGUGGCAUGUCUGGUCUAUGGUCGAGCAUACUAGGAAGACUUCCUCUUGGCGAGGAGGUCAUCUUACAACGUGCUCGAGGCCAUUGCCCAGUCGACAUUUCUUGUGUCUAUUCGGCAUUUCAUCCCGACGAGUCCCCAAUCUUCGACAUGGUUGCAUCGCCUCCGGAUCAUCUUUCAUACCCUCUCGCGUCCCAGAUCCGGUCCCUGCAGCUUGUGGAUAUAUACGAAACCAUCGACUGGGAUGCUGAAUGGAUGCCCACGGCAGCCUGGCCGAACCUGGAGAUGCUGGAGAUCAGCUGCUCCCCUUACGCCACCAGUCGUUCUGAGUGCCUCUCUGCCAACCCCAUCAGAGCGCCAAAACUUCGAACCAUCUUGUUUCAGAAGUGUUUUAUGCCUUGGGAGUCCGCCUCGUUGAAUCGACUGAACAUCACCGGCACUGAUCACACGACAUUACCCUCCCAAACCCUAUACGACCUUCUUGAACGCUCUGCUGGAACACUUCGUUACCUGGAACUCAUCGACGUUACUAUGACAAGCAUACUUGAGGACGGCCUCCAUGCAAAGGACAUCAUUCUACCGCAUUUACAAGAGUUAUGUCAGCAAACGGACGGCGGCCAUUGCAACAGUUUAUUGGACCACUUGAAGGUUCCUGCCACGACCUCGCUGACACUCUACCUCUCGAUGGAAGUUGAUCGACAAUUCAUCGCGUCUGACAUGGAGCUCGCGGCCAACUCUGACAUCCAGGCCGCCUUCAGAUGCAGAGGAUUCGACACCUCGUUGGAUGGACUCAUCGUGACACAGCUCAUCAACACACAGACUGACGCAUCGAAUGAGUUUAGUCUGCGCGCGUACUGCAGUUCCCUCAACUCCAUACGCUCGCUCAGAGCUCGGGCUUCUGCAGGCCCUUUUGAAGGUUACCCCGCGCCGCUGAUCCUAGACGUAUACAACGCCAAGGUGACGAGUGCGACUCACAACGCGUAUCUGGACGUCUGUCUUCAAUCUAUCAGCCAUGCAAUGGACCCCACACGCUUUGUAACUGUGUCCAUCGACAUGCCGUUCUGGGGAUAUUCAACCGUGCUCAAAGCCAUGUCCCUCUAUACGAGUAUGCGCGCUCUCCAUGUUGUCGAUCCACUGCGCCUCGUGGACGACGAGUGGGGAGAUUCGUCUAUUCCCCAGCUGUUCCCUUUCCUCAGCGCCCUUACCCGCCCCAACUCCCGCAAAUCUUCGGCCAAAUCUUCAACCAAAUCCGUUGGUACUGGGUCAUCGGUACCGAUCCUUGACACGUUGUGGCUAGUUCAGAGACGCGGCACCAGCAACCUGAGCUGCUCGCAGUGGUGCAAGCACAUCUAUGAUCAAUUGCGUCACACGCUUCGGGAGUGUGGAUGGUCAAAGGACACCGGUGCUCCGAAACCUAUCCAGUUCCUACGAAUCGACUAUCUGCCAGCUGCAAACCCACGAAACGGACAGAAGGCGCAGGAGAUGUUUAUUCGGUUAGCGGACGUCGUAGAUUGGAGGGCAGGAUGA